AUGUCUGCGAAGCUACCUCUUAUCAACCCCUACAAUUCAAUCUCAGAAGGACUAGUCUCCGAACUCAAAGCUGCGCUUUAUCGGUUUGGAGCUUUCCGGUUAGCAGCCCCUGAAACCACACAAAGUCGUCGCGACGCUGUUAUCGAAAAUGCUCGGGAUUUUUUUAGACAGCCAGUGGCAGCUAAGGCAGGCAUAACGGGAUACUCUCCCUUUGCGUCGGAGCGUGUUCGCGGCCGGACCGAGAUACCCAAAGAAAGUAUCUAUUUUUUCCGAAAUGGUGCCGAGUCAAAGUAUCCCAAGGGGCCAUCUUCCAACCUGUAUCGCUCCGUCAAAUGUCUUCAUGAGGAGUGGACGCCUAUAAGGCUGCAUUUGUUGAAGACUAUGUCGCAAGCACUGGAUGCGGACGUUCACCUUACGGGUACUACACUUCUCGAUUCUGUUACCAUCGGAGUCCACUACUAUGAUUCUCAAAGCCUUCCUGACCACAGCGCUUAUUUCAGCCCCCCUCAUAUGGAUAGCGGGACAUUGACAGUUCUAUUCCGGUCUUAUGAUGAGACCGACGGCCUAGAAAUUGCUGAUCUUGAAACGACGAAGAAACAAGACAGUGAGGGGGUCGGAUCGGAGGCGUCUUUUAUUCCAGUUCCUACGUUGGGGGAUGGAAUGCCCGAGGUCGUUGUCUUUGCAGGCACUAGACUCCAGCGUUUGCUUGGGCGUGACCGAGUCCGGGCUUGCGUGCACAGAGUGCGUGGUCCCGGCCCGGGAGGCCACAGUAGCUCUGGCGUACGACGAUUGAGUAUCGCAAUGUUCUGCGCUCCCUCUGUGCCAUCUGUCCCACCGCUUUUGUCGUCCUCUUGA